AUGGCUUUAACCGCCCAGGUAACCGAGAACCUUAAAAGGACCGUCGAAGCGGCCUGCGCCGAUCCAACGACCUCCAUCCCGGGAACCAGUGUUGUAGUUAUUUCCAAAGAUGGCACGGAGCUCUUUGCGCAUGCCGCUGGAAAACGCGGAGUGCUCAGCCACGAAGAUAUGACGUUGGACAGUGUAUUCUGGAUCGCCUCUUGCACCAAGAUGAUUGCAGGUCUGGCAUGCAUGCAGCUUGUGGAGCAGGGGAAACUGCACCUUGACGAUGGAGACGAGACAGAGAGGCUUGUGCCGGAGCUGAAGGACGUGAAGGUGCUGCAAAAGGAUGGCAGCUUAGUGGAAAAGAAUAAGAAGAUUACGUUGAGGAUGCUGUUGACGCAUACUGCUGGCUUCGGUUAUUCUUUCUUCAACGAAGAUCUCCGUAAUUACUCACAUCCCAUUGGCUUCGAUGAGUUCUCGGGGCACAUCAAAGAGAUAUGUCAGCCGCUCGUCUUCCAGCCAGGAGAAGGCUGGGAGUAUGGUGUUGGCAUCGACUUCGCUGGUCUUGCUCUCGAACGUGUCACAGGCAUGUCGUUGAACGACUACUUUCACAAGUACAUUUUUGAGCCUUUGGGUUUGAAGAAUAUCUCAUUGUUUCCGAACGAAGACAUGAAGAAGCGCUUGGCGUACAUGAACCAGCGGACGGCAAGCGGCUCGGUGAUCGGACGGGAUCAUCUCCUUCGCAAGCCGUUGGUUGCAGAAGGUAGUGAGAUCAAGGAUGUUCUGAACAGUGGAGGCGGAGGUGCCUUUGCAACCCCUUCAGACUAUGCACAGAUCAUCGGAGUACUGCUCAACGAUGGCAAGUCGCCCAAAACUGGUGCCCAACUGCUCAAGAAAGAGACAGUCGACCUCAUGUUCACCAAUCAAAUCCCACAGUUUCCCGAUUUUGGUCGACAAGGCAUUCCAGCAGCGAAGCCAGAUUUGACAUAUACCCUCCCUGAGAUCUACCCUGUAGAAGGCAGACCGGCUCAAGGAUGGGGUUUGACAUUUAUGCUGUCCAAUGGAGGUUCUACGGGCCGAUCAAAGAGCACAGGGUUCUGGGCCGGGCUUCCAAAUUGCUGGUGGUGGUGCGACCGAGAGAAGGGAGUCGGCGGAAUCGUAUGCAGUCAGAUUCUUCCGUUUGGCGACCCCAAAGUGCUGGGACUAUGGUUCGACAUUGAGACGCAGAUCUACAAGGCACUGGGGUCUUGAGCGGGCGUCAUAUGGGAUGACUUUGCUUAUUGGAGUCGGUCCGUUGUAUCUGUCCGGCUAGACACAGCCAUGGGUGUCGUGCCUGGGUCACCCCUUUGCUGUGCACACCCUUAUCAUUGGAAAUACACAUCAUGACCAAGCCAUUUUCAAGGAGAGUUCUAAGCCCAAUUCGUGAUCUGCCCCGGCUUUUUCCAACGGUUAACCGCUACAUACAGGGAUAUGACUCUGGGGUUAUGACUCGAAAUGUGAGAUCCGUUGAAUAGGCAUAGCUCUUUCUCCAUGUCGGUCUUUUCAAGCGCGUUUCCC